GUGAAAUUCAAACCAAAAGGGGUUAUAGACGAUGGAACAAAUCCUUCUUUCCUUUAACGACAUUUUUUAUUCAUAUGUAAAUUCAAAGGCAACACGUCAAAUUUUUAUCUCUCUCUUUCGCUCUUCCCUUUUCAAUGGAAUCCUUGAUUUCUCUCGAGGCUCAUUUUCAAACCUUCCCUUCAUUCUCAUCCAAAACCAGAACCAUGAUUCCUCCAACUCAAGUGAAUGCUUAUAGACAAAACUCCCUUUUUUCUUUUUCUCUUCGAGCACAGGUAAACCCUAAUGAAACUGUGUUUGAAGCUCUGAAAGCUAAGGAAUGGGAAGUAGGAAUGUUUCAAAAUGAGGUUGCUGCUAACCAAGGUAUAAGAAUAAGGAGAAGACCACCGACCGGACCGCCUUCUCAUUACGAAGGACCGUUUCGAUUCCGGUUGGAGAAUGAGGGAGACGUGCCGCGUAACAUCUUGGAAGAGAUUGUGUGGAACAAGGACAAAGAAGUUGCACAAUUGAAAGAAAGAACUCCCCUUGGUUUGGUUAGGAAGGCAGUUGAAAAUGCACCUCCGGUUAGAGAUUUUAUCGGGGCUUUAAGGGCGGCAAAUGAACGAACUGGAUUGCCUGGAUUGAUCGCUGAAGUCAAGAAGGCUUCGCCAAGUAGAGGCAUUUUGAGAGAAAACUUUGAUCCAGUUGAGAUUGCUCAAUCUUAUGAGAAGGGUGGAGCAGCAUGUCUUAGUGUUUUGACAGAUGAAAAGUACUUUAAGGGAGGCUUUGAAAAUCUCGAGUUAAUAAGAAAAGCUGGAGUAAAGUGCCCUUUGUUGUGCAAAGAAUUCAUCAUUGAUGCUUGGCAACUCUACUAUGCUCGAUCUAAAGGCGCAGAUGCAGUCCUCCUAAUUGCCGCUGUUUUACCUGACCUUGACAUCGAGUACAUGGUUAAGACAUGCAAAUUACUCGGACUGGCUGCUCUUGUUGAGGUGCAUGAUGAGAGGGAGUUUGAUCGUGUUCUUGGAAUAGAGGGCGUUGAGCUUAUUGGCAUCAACAACCGCAAUCUCGAAACAUUUGAGUUAGAUAUCAGCACGACAAAGAAGCUUCUAGAAGGAGAGCGAGGAAGAAUAAUCCGCGAGAGAAACAUAAUCAUGGUAGGGGAAUCUGGUUUGUUCACUCCUGAAGAUAUUGCCUAUGUACAAGAAGCAGGAGUUAGAGCUGUUUUGGUGGGAGAGUCUAUUGUGAAACAAAGUGAUCCAGGAAAAGGAAUUAGCAAUCUCUUUGGCAAAGAUAUAUCAGUUUGAGUUGACAGAUUUACAUAGCUGACUAAGUGUCUGUUUGGAACAUCUUUUAGUUUUCGCAUUCAUGAUUUCUCGCUUUGAGGAUAAGUGCGUUUUCAACGUGCUUUGUGUAAUUGGUUGUAAUAAGUUAUCCUCAAAAUUGUUAGUUGCAAACAUGUACUGAAAAAUCUUUUCAUGUUGACAGUUUUUCAUUACAGAUUAUAAUAAGA